AAUGUUCUUUGCCAAAGUAUAUUGAUGUUGAUAUAAAAGUUUAGCAAUUUAUCAGGUUAUUCAGUUUACUGGAAUAAGACUGAUAUGCUCCCUGUUGGUUCUAAGGAGUCUAUGGAAAUGUGUAAAAUUGAGAUUAACUUGGUGUUGUAUUUGUUUAUAUAUGCACAAGGAUUAUACAAGGAAAAAUCUUUGUUAAUAGGAUAUACAUUUUUUUGUUUAUCUGAAACUUGAAUAGUUAAAAUUGCCUAUGAUUGUGCAGAAAAAGGUAUAUGUAUUAAGAGGAAUUCAUAGGUUAAUACAUUUUAAAAAAAUAUAAGCAGAUAUAUAUUUUAAGAUAUAUAUUAUGAGUAGCAAUUGUCCAAAUCUUUUUUACUGUAUUUCCAGCUCCAGGAUAUUUUUCCAAAAUACUGAGUGAAAAACAUAAUUUUGAACCUUACUUACAUGUUGAUAGACCCAGGCUAAAUAUGACAAUAUUCAAAGACUCAAAGGAUUGAAAUCCAACCCCCCCACCCCCAGGUGGAAUUUCAUUUAAUUCAUUUUGUGGCUUGUUAAAUCAUUUUGAAGUUUUUACAGAAGAGUUUGACAUUUUUAUACAAAAAGAAAAAAGAAAUCUCAGGUGUGAUUAUAAAGUAUUUUUAAAAUAGCUGCAAGAGGUUUUGCAGUAGAUUCCCUUACAUGCUGAUACUUUAUUUUAUUUUUAUAAAAAUAAAUUAAGUUCCCUGACUCUUCCAUGUCACUUUCGGAAAGAUUACAAAGUACCAAGCAUUUCCUGAUUUAGACACAGGUCAGACCUGGGAUUAACUGUUGGCAUCUUAUUUUCUAUGCAUUUCUUAAAAGUGUUUCAUUUUCAAUGGCGUGGUAAAUUGUGCCAGCGCAGUAGGACUGGCAGGUUGCGAGUGUUAUUGACAUGAUAGAGCGGCAAGAUGGGGGCACUCAGGACCUCUGCUGCCGCCUCAGUGUUGAAAUAUUGAAGGGCUUGAUCCUUAUCAUGGAUAAUGCGCUACGUAUUUUUGCAGAUGCUGAUGAUGUAUUAAGAGAAUCAUUUUUCUUUCUGGACUGAACAUGCCAAAAGAGUCAGAGACCCCAUUCUUCUUUUCUGACUGCCAUUGUAAUAUUUGCAUGGAUAUUUUUGUGGAACCAGUCACACUACCAUGCCACCAUACUAUUUGUAAUGCCUGUUUUCAAUUUACUGUGGAAAAAGCAAGUUUGUGUUGCCCUUUUUGCCAUUGUCUUGUCUCAUCUUGGGCACGAUAUAACUCUCACAAUAACACUCUUAACUUGGAGUUAUGGGAAAAAAUUAAGAAACAUUUUCAAAAAGAGUGCCAAAGCAGAAUUAAUGGACAGGACCUAGAAAAUUAUUUGCACCUGCCUCAACCAAUACACUGCUUAAAUAAGCCUGGAGAAUUAAAGAAAGAAUAUGAAGCUGAGAUCACUAAGGUGAAAGCAGAACGCCAGGCUCUUGAGCAGGAAGAGAGCAGAGCAAGUGAAGAAUCUAUUCAAAGACUACUAGCAGAGGAGGAAGAAGAACAAAGGUUAAUAGAAGAAAGGGGGGGGGAGAUAGCAGACCAGUUGCUAUUAGAUGAUGUGUUGGCACGAGAACUGAGUUUAAAUUUGAACAGAUCUGCUUCAUAUUUAACAGCAACAGAAGAGUCUGUUAAAAGCAGUCUGGUACCUCGCCUGUCCCCUUCUGAUUGCUGCAAAACUUCGAAACCCAAAUCAAGCAAUUAUGGAGACAUUAAGAAGUAUUUAUCUCCAAAGUCUUGUGGUUUCUUUCCUCCAAAGUUGCUGUUUGGAGAAUUAAAAGAAGAAAACAUUGACAUUCUUUCUGAGGAAAGCAUUAGAACUAAAACUCACUUUACCUUGGAAGAUGAAGAAAUAAAAGUUGAUAUAACCAUACUAUCUUCAGAGACAACCGGAGAAAGAAAAACGACUAAAAAUUUCCCUUUAGAAUCUAUGGGUUCUCGUUUAAAUAUAUCUGAGUUCAACUGUCAUGGCCCUGAAUUGUCAUCUUUUUCCAGGACUCAGUUAAAUGAACCAAUAAAGGUGUUACUAAUAGACAGGACGAUGAAACUGAUUUUUUUCUCAAUGAGCCAUGGUUCCAGCAUCAAUGACUUUGGAAAUAAAAAUUUUACAGAAAGUGCUUGCUAAAACUUCACAAAAAUGACAGCACUGAAGAAAUCCUUAUUUCUUUGAAAUCUAGUAGUCAGUUUGACAGCAAAGAUAUAACCUGUGAAGAAACAAAGGUAAUGGGAAACUAUCCAAUUGAAAAUAAAAACUAGAGUUGCUCAUUGAUGACUAAAGAGAUUCCAAAGAGAAAAUCUCAAGAAUCUCCCAUUGAAUGGACAGGGGAUUCAUAGUUGAGUGACAAAAGAAGAAUCAUUGUACAAACAGAAGAGAAAGAGAUAAACGAUAUACAAAAGCAGAUACAUUUGGAGGAACAGCUUUAUAAAUGAUAUAAACAGGAAGAAGAAGAUAGAUGUUUGGCUUUGAAAAUUCAGAAGGAAAUGGACAGAGAACAGAAAACACUAAAUCACAAAAAAGGCUCCCCUGAUGAGUAUCAUUUGCGCCCUACAACAUCUAUAGCAGUUGGAAAAUCCCCAGUGUUGGGAAACAUUGCAAACUCUUAAAGGCUUCAAACAGCCAGACAGAAAUAAAUCAACCCAAAACACACAGACGUUCCCACAGUAAGAAUGAGAGGACCUCUAGCAAAUGCUAGACAAAACCAUCUGAAAAAAAUGGGAAUGUUCUGAAUUGUGUGCUCAACUCUGAUUUAAAGGAUGUAGAGUUGCUGCCAAUCAAACAAAGGAUGAUUAUCCAGAUGUUUAAGAAAUCUGCAACAGAUUGACACAUUCAGCAAAAGCAUUGUAGAUUAACAGAAAAUUUUGAAAAAGAUAUUUUGAAAAGCUGGCAAAUAUUUAUCUCUUCUGGUAUUAGCUGUUUCCAGAAUUAAUGUGUUACUUGUUUCAGAAACAGUAGCAUUUUUUCUGUGCCUUUUUCUUUGAAUACUUGUGUCUGUUCUUUAAUACAUAGAUGGUAUCAGCUAUUCUCAAUUUCAAGUUGAACUGAAUGAUAAUACUUGCUGAGUUAUCAUAACUAUGCCAUUGUUGUCUGUGAACCUAGAAAACGGGGGUAGAAUAGAAUAGAAUUUUUUAUUGGCCAAGUGUGACUGGACACACAAGGAAUUUGUCUUGGUGCAUAUGCUCUCAGUGUACAUAAAAGAAAAGAUAUCUUCAUCAAGAACAUAAGGUACACGACUUAAUGAUAGUCAUAGGGUACAAAUAAGUAAUCAGGAAACAAUCAAUAUCAAUAUAAAUCAUAAGGAUAUAAGCAACAAAGUUACAGUCAUACAGUCAUAAGUUGAAGGAGAUGGGUGAUGGAAAUGAUGAGAAGAUUAAUAGUAGUGCAGAUUUAGUAAAUAGUUUGACAGUAUUGAGUGAAUUAUUUGUUUAGCAGAGUGAUGGCAUUCAGGAAAAAACUGUUCUUGUGUCUAGUUGUUCUGGUGUGCAAUGCUCUAUAGCAUCAUUUUGAGGGUAGGAGUUGAAACAGUUUAUGUCCAGGAUGCGAGGAGUCUGUAAAUAUUUUCACAGCCCUCUUUUUGACUCGUGCAUUAUACAGGUCCUCAAUGGAAGGCAGGUUGGUAGCAAUUGGGGUUUUUUGCAGUUCUAAUUAUCCUCUGAAGUCUGUGUCUGUCUUGUUGGGUUGCAGAACCAAGUCAGACAGUUUUAGAGGUGCAGAUGACAGACUCAAUAAUUCCUCUGUAGAACUGAAUCAGUAGCUCCUUGGGCAGUUUGAGCUUUCUGAGUUGGCGCAGAAAGAACAGUCUUUGUUGUCCUUUUUUGAUGAUGUUUUUGAUGUUAACUGUCCAUUUUAGAUCUCGUGAUAUGAUAGAACCUAGAAAUUUGAAGGUUUCUACUGUUGAUACUGUGUUGUCAAGUAUUGUGAGAGGUGGAAGUAUGGAAGGGUUUCUCCUAAAGUCUACCACCAUUUCUACAGUUUUGAGUGUGUUCAGUUCCAGAUUGUUACGGUCGCACCACAAGGUUAGUCGUUCGACCUCACAUCUAUAUGCAGAUUCGUCAUUGUCUCGAAUGAGACCAAUCACUGUUGUGUCAUCUGCGAACUUCAGUAGUUUAACAGAUAGAUCAUUGGAGAUGCAGUCAUUGGUAUAUAGAAAGAAGAGAAGUGGGGAGAGCACACAGCCUUGGGGGGGGGGCUGUGCUAAUUGUACAGGUAUCUGAAGUGAUCCCGCUUAGCUUUACCUGCUGCUUCCUGUUUGUUAGGAAGCUUGUGAUCCAUUUACAAGUAUGUUUGGAUAUCUGUAUCUGGUUUAGCUUUGUUAGAAGUAGCUGGUUUAGCUUUGUUAGAAGUAUCUGGAAUGAUGAUAUUGAAUGCUAAACUAAAGUCUACAAAGAGGACCCUUGCAUAGGUCUUUGGAGAUUCAUGAUGUUGUAGGGUGUAGUGCAGAGCCAUAUUAACAGCAUCAUCUAUUGCUCUAUUUGCUCGGUAUGCAAAUUGCAAGGGGUCUAACAGCGGAUCCUUGAUGGUUUUUAAGUAGGACAGCAGUAGCCUUUCAAAGGUUUUCAUGACUACAGAUGUUAGAGCAACUGUAGUCAUUCAGUUCCUUGAUGGUGGGCUUCUUCAGCACUGGGAUGAUAGUAGAACAUUUAGAGUGGUAGAUGUAGAAUGGUAAAUGGCAUCUUUAAGACAGACGUAGCCUAAGAUACAUUCUCACUUUUCUCUUUGCUGGUUUCACCAGAAAACAAUAAAUUUUCAGUGGAUUCGUUUUGUAAAUUUAAAUUUGAUUUAAAUUUGAUAUUUUGUAAAAGUAUGAGGCACCAAAGCCAGUUAAUAGGAAAAUCACACUUACUUUCAUUUGUAAGUAAUUUCUAAUAUAUAGAUUAUAUAUAAUGUCAUUUAAAUUACAUAUAUAUAUAUAUAUAAAAGUUUCGUUUUCUUCAGUUGUUAGAGCUUGUGCACAGCUGAGCAGUCAAUGUGUAGUGUUAUGUGUGGUAGAUCAAGAAUGGUGUUGCCCAUGGAGGCAUAGAAAUGAAUAUAUUCAUUAUUAUUAUUGAAAGUUAUUUCUGAUGUCUUAACUAUACUGCAAAAUUUAAAA